AUGUAUUUUGAUUUAUCAGCAUAUUCUACUUCUGAGUUAUCGUCUACUCAUAUCAAUAGUUUGAACACAAGGGUGACAUGUUUCAGUCGGUAUGGCAAUUGCGAGGAAAAUGAAACUUCUAAAACUUUAUUACAUUUUACACAUUAUAAUAACUGUGAUUAUGUUAGUGUCACAUUUAUACUAAUUUCUAAUCAAAUGUUUUCUGUGUAA